CACCAGUGUAGCACAUGUGAUGCCUCUAUCGAACCCUCUUCUCCGCAUACUGCCCGCCGCUAAUCUGCCCCGCCCGUGCCAUAGAGACACCCGACGAUAGCUUCCAUCAGCGAUGAAUGCCUCCGGUGGGGUACUCUCGAAUCCGCAUAGAAAAAGCAACCGACACUUCUCCAACCGCGGCUAAGCCUUGAGGCUUGGAUUUCUGCACGAUAUGCCGCCCAAAAACACUCGCUCCGGCGCGUCGUCGCCAGACUCCGACUAUCACCGGCGCAAGUCCUCCUCGAACAGACACACCCUCCAUGUUCCCGCGACUCCUAGCCAGCUGCGCGAGUCUCAUGUACCCGCGAGCCGCACGCCGUCGCCAGAGGCCACCAUGAAACGCGGAUACUACGAUGGAGCAGCAGAGGGCUCCUACUCCUCUCCCAAGACGUCUCCGAGGACGUCUCCCCAAAAUGACCUCGAUCCUACCUUCGACGACGACGGCAUACAUCUCAAAUUAGACCAGGCGUCAAUACAUUCCAACGACGACAUAGCUCCUGCAGAGACAAUUGAUGGUAUAUUGGAGGUAGACGUGGAGUCCACUUUGCGGUCAAGGCUGCUGAGCCACAAGAACUGGGACCAGGCUUCAGGUUGUGGUUCAGAGCACUGCAAUCAUGGGACUUUCUCUCCUCGUCCGGGCACAGUAAGAAGCUAUGGGAGCAUAAGUUCCGACGUGUCGCACGAGGGGUUCGGAGGCCGGUAUCCAGGAGGACUGGGUACCGCAUCCGGCGAACCCGCCGACGUGACGCAUGCGCUUCUUGGAGAUACUGUCGCAGAUGGGGUACUAGGAGGUGGCAGGGGAAAGAAGAUGAGCACAACGCGUUAUCUAGCAAAACGACAUGGCAUAAAAAGCGAAAAGCGAAUGUAUUUGGCAUAUUAUAUCCCAAUAUUCAACUGGAUUAGACAGUACAAGUGGGCAUAUUUUCGCGGCGAUUUGGUAGCUGCUCUGACUAUGGCGUCCUUCUACAUACCCAUGGCACUUUCAUACGCCUCGAAUCUUGGACAUGUUCCUGCAAUUAAUGGACUCUACAGCUUCGUCGUCAACCCGUUGAUCUACGCUAUCCUCGGCACCUGCCCUUUAAUGGUGGUUGGACCUGAAGCUGCAGGAUCGCUUCUGACCGGAGAGGUGGUGCGCGAAAAUAUCAAGAAAGGGACAACGGAUGACGGUGACGGCACACGAAACGCAGAAAUCGCUGGCAUAGUCACAUGCAUGGCUGGUGGGAUGAUAUUUGCAGCCGGACUGUUUAGACUUGGAUUCCUCGACAGUGUGCUCAGCCGCCCAUUCCUAAGAGGCUUCAUCAGUGCCAUUGGUGUCGUCAUUUUUGUAGACCAGCUAAUCCCCGAGAUGGGUUUGGCUCGGCUAGCAUCAGAGGCGGGAGAAGUCUCUCAUGGAAGUUGCGUAGACAAGAUCGUUUUCAUUUUUGGCCAUAUAAAGCAGGCAAAUGGCUUGACUUGCGCUGUUUCGUUCGGUGCUUUUGCGAUAAUCAUGGCUCUUAGAGAAACGAAGAAGAGACUGCAACCUCGAUACCCGUCUGUAGCAUAUGUUCCCGACCGUUUCAUUGUAGUCGUACUAUCAGCGAUAUUCGCAUGGAGAUUUCGAUGGGAUCUUCACGGUGUUGGUGUACUAGGCGAAGUCAAAGCAAGCGGGAAGCUAUUCGCCAUCCACUUCCCGUUUCAAACUUCGCAUCUAAAAUACGCGUCCGAUGCGUUCAAUACGGCUAUUAUCAUUGCAUUGCUUGGAUUUUUCGAGUCUUCCGUAGCAGCAAAAGGGUUAGGGUCUGGAGACCCCAAGAAAGAGGGCAUCACCGAUGUCACAUUAAGCGCGAACCGCGAGCUUAUUGCCCUUGGCACCGCAAACAUCACUGGGGGUCUGUUUAUGGCACUACCAGCCUUUGGUGGGUAUGGAAGGAGUAAGGUCAAUGCCUCGACUGGCGGAACAACUCCAAUGAGUAGUAUCUUCUUGAGCCUCAUCACUCUACUCUGCAUCUUUUUCCUCUUACCCUACAUGUAUUACCUGCCAAAAGGCGUCCUCAGUGCCAUGAUAUCUGUCGUAGCCUACUCGCUUGUCGAAGAAGCUCCCGGCGACAUCCGCUUCUUCUGGCGCAUCCGAGGCUGGUCCGAGCUAAUCCUCAUGUUCGUAAUCUUUGCCACCACCAUCUUCUGGGACCUUAAAAAAGGCAUCGCCGUCGGCAUCGGCCUGUCUAUCCUCCGCCUCAUCCGCCACAGCACCCGCCCCCGCAUCCAGAUCCUAGGUCGCGUGCCCGGUACUACAGACAAGUUCGCAAACGCCGAGCUGGACCCCGACCGCCUCGAGUUCAUCGAAGGCUGCCUGAUCGUCAAGAUCCCGGAACCCCUGACGUUUGCGAACACAGGCGAGUUGAAGAAUCGACUUAAGAGGCUGGAGUAUCACGGCACGGGCGCCGCGCAUCCUGCCCUCCCACGCGUGCGGAAAGAAGAGCAUAAUAAGAACAUCAUCUUCGACGUUCACGGUGUCACAAGCCUGGACGGUGCCGGCGCACAGGUCCUCUCGGAAAUUGUGGAAUCGUACCGCGCCCGCAAUGUUCGCGUCUUCUUCUGUAGAGUCCCUGGGGAGCAGAGCGACGUUUGGAGGCUGUUCGAGGCGUCGGGGAUUAUGGAGGCGUGUGGUGGAAGACGGCACUUUGUGGCGUCGGUGGAGGAGGCGCUGAGGAUGACGGAGCUAGAGAGCUUGACGGAGAUUUUUAGGGAUGAGUUGCCCGAGGGGUCGAUGGCUGCGGGGAGGUAAGUUAACAUUGCAGUUGUACAUUAUAUAAAGACAUGAUCGUACAAGCGUUGCAUCGGGUGAUUGCAUUUUAAUGGCGUGGGCACUGGGGUUGGAUGAUUGUAGGAUUGUGGUAGACUUGGGAACGACGCAAGAAGUUCUAGCUAGGGCUCUUCCGCUGCAUUUCCUAGCCACUUGUGACAUCCUAAGGCUCUAAAGGUGUGCUUCCUAACUGCACUCACGCGACAACAAACUUUUCCUUCAUUAGAAAGAUCCC